AUGGGACAUCAUUUAGACACAGGUACAGCGUGCAUUUCGAAGAGGGAACAUCGAGUAUGCUGGUGUGCAGUUCUCCAUGAACAGGGGCCCCCUUCCGCCGUAAUGGGUGGUCCCCUAUUAUCUGGGGUUUCAGCUGGGCGUAUUCUUCUGGGGGCCCUCCUUCUUGGCCUCUUAUUUAGCAUUGGUGUUUCGUCUAGUCUUGGACUUCGGCCAGUUUCUAAGAAUGCAGGACCCUCGAGCAGGGGCCCCCCUGGCAAUGUCACCCAUGACCCCACUGCUGCGUAUUUGCAGGGGUCUCGUGUAAAACUUGCUACCGGGGAUGUUAGAGGCCCCUGGUUCUCUUUCUUCAGACAUCAUAGGACGGCUGCAUCGGCCGGCAUACACGCCACCAAGCUACCGGAUUGUCAGCCCUCCCCUCUUCCCCGUGCACGCACUGGUGCCUUAGGAGCAUCGCUGAGGACGCCUGCCCAGCGGGGGCAGGGAAGUGACUUUGUGGCUACUUCAGGAGCUAGCCAGUGCGAAACAAAUCAAGUAGGUCACUCCAGGAGCAAGCAGCAGCGGCAGCGCGACGGCAACAAAAGCGAUAGACCCAAGGACUGCAUUCGUUUUGCCGGCAAGGUGAUAGCGUGUCUACCAGGUGGCAAGUUCAAGGUGCAGCUAGACGCAGCAUCAGCCGCAACUGCUGCAACAGCCUCAGGAGUCUCCACCGCGUUUGGGGAGGCCCUUGUCGCCCCCGAGGGCCUCCAGGGAAAAGUCCUUAUGUGCAGCCUCAGCGGAAAACUUCGUAUUCAUCGAGUGUAUGUGCAUUUGCAUGACUGUGUUGUCAUAGAAACGCAUCCUCUCUCCCCCCACGAGGCAAGGAUUGUCUUUAGGGUCAAGGAAAAUCCCACGGGUUACACAGGGAAAGAGCAAGACAAAUGCUCCGGAGCCGAGGCGCCACUAGCAGAUGCAUCUACAGCGGGUGCUGCUGCAGCUGACGCCGGUACUGCCGGCGAUGCACUAGCUCCAGGCAGUGCUAGAGAUACGGGAGCUGCUGGUGCAGCAGCAGCAGGGGGCGUGGCCGCACUCGGAGGGGUUUGA